GGUUUCACAGGUGCUUGAGCUCUUUACCUGCUUGGGACUAAGUGUAGUAUUACAAUGGAUUUCAAAACCUGUGCAGCAGCGCUUCUUGUUCUUGGUCUGAUGGCCGUUCCAGUCCAUAGCAACUCUAAUCCACUUUGUGGCAUCUUGAAUGAAACUUUGAGCAAUAGCACCAGCAACGUUACACUACAAGUCAUCCCAGAGACAUUAUUUUAUGUAAAUCAUACAUACACAGUAAAACUGUCUGGGACAGGAAACAUAACAGUGAUCCUUCAAGCACUUCCAUCAUCAUCAAAUUCUUCAGGCAGUUCUGUCGGGCAUUGGUCAAACACAACUGAACACUGUGACGGGAACCCAUUAUUUCAAGGUGAAAAUGUAUCAGUUUCUGUGAACUGGACAUCACCAGAUACUGUGCAAUCUGUUGUGAUAUAUGCUUAUAUCAAGGAGGGAUCAGACAUAUUCCGAAAUGAAGUUAGAUUAGAUGCUGUACCAGACACAACUGGAAACGCAACAACUGGAAACGUAACGACUACAGAAAAACCAGGCACAACAGCUACAAAGAUAACUUCUACUACCGCCAUACAAACUACAAGUGCAAGUUCAGUGAUCCACCCCAGCUCCCUGUUCAUGGCACUGACUGAGACCAUAGGCCUUCUUCUCAUUACCAGCAAACUCCUUUCCUAAGUCAUCAUGGACAAAAUUAAAACUGCAUCUAUUUUUUAAAGGGUUCUUUUAAAUAUUGUGUAUUUAAAAAGGCACCAGUAAUGAAGAUUUGCAGAGUCUCUUGUAGCCAGAAGCCCAACUCCUAGCCUACAUAUGUCACAGUGCUGGGACCUGGUUUAGACAAUUACCCAUUUAAACCCAAUGAUGUUUGAUCAUACAGAUUGCAGUAAUUUUUCACUGGCCCAUUUGUAAUUUCUAAAACCAAAUUUCAGGAAAGAAAAAUUAAAUAUAAACAUUCAACCUUUGUUUGGUCAGGAAAAUGUGAACAUCGCUUAAAUCCAGAAAUAAUCAUUAGUUUAUUAAUUCACCCAUUUACUGUUUAAACACUGCCUCUCACAUAUCAUUAUUGUUUCCAAUUGUUCUAAAUUUGUGCUAACUGUAAUGUACUCUGGUUCUAGAACCUUAAUGCAUUUCAGUAUGUACCUACUGUUCUAGAACCAAGUUGUGUGGUCUUUAGAGGGAAGACUGAAAAUGUGAUUUCAGGCAUGAUUACUAAGAGACCAACAACAGAAACACUGCCUUGCUAAAUAAAUGUAUCUGUUUCUUCUCUUGUUAAUAAAAGUAAUAUUCAUAUUUAA